GAUGUUUAUUUCUAUGUGCCAAUGCUAGGGUUUAUUCAUCGUUCAACUUUCCGCUGAUGAACAACAAGCAGCGUGUAGAGUGUCAAUCGGAAUUUGAAAGCCGAUCCCAGUGUACGUGCGACCCUGACACUCGCGGUCUUUACGAAAAUAAUAAAAAAAUAUAUAUCUGUGCUAUUUUUGUUUCGGCCUUUUUGGAUAUUAAAAUUAGAAGUUCAUAAAAACAAGUAAUCAAGAUGCCAUCAAACCGCAUCGAGGAGGAGCACAAAGAGUCGCAGAACUCUGGCCAUUCCGGGAACGGUUCGUCGCAGCAAACAGUUGGUAUCAACGGGAAAUGUGGGAAAAACGGGAAGUCGAACGAAAACAGAACUCAAGAAGGUGCCGAUCUUACCACUGAAGUUGAUCCUGAUUGUGUUAGGUAUCCCGAUGGUUCCGUCCGGCUCCGGAACCCCAAUAUCGAGCUCAUGGACCAAGACAUCCUGUACCACCUGGCCCUUGGCAGUGGUUCUCACGACCUUAUCGAGAUGUUCGGGGACGUGAAGUUUGUAUGCAUGGGCGGGACUCCAAAACGUAUGGAGCAGUUCGCUUACACCAUAAUGGCGGAGAUAGGCCACAAACUGCCCUGUGGGACUACGCUUCAGGAUAUCAGCCAGUUUUCCUAUAGAUAUUCCAUGUACAAAGUGGGACCAGUGCUAUCUAUUAGUCACGGCAUGGGUAUACCGUCAGUGGGCAUCCUUUUACACGAGGUGAUCAAGCUAAUGUACCACGCGAAGGUUCGAGACCCUGUCUUCUUCAGGAUCGGGACGUGCGGCGGGGUCGGCUAUGAGGGCGGAACUGUCAUCAUCUCUGAGGAAGCAGUCGAUGGAGCUUUGAGGAAUGUUCUUGAAGUGACGGUACUUGGCAAGAACAUACAGCGACCAUCUAAGUUGGAUAAAAGGUUGAUGCGUGAGCUCAAGGGUCUGGCAGACCCUGAAGACCCUUAUGAUACCGUCACUGGCAAGACAAUGUGUACUUAUGAUUUCUAUGAAGGUCAAGGACGGUUAGACGGUGCCUUCUGCGAUUUCUCUGAAGCGGACAAGAUGGAGUACCUGGAGGGCAUUCACAAGGCGGGCGUGGUGAACAUCGAGAUGGAGUCGCUCGCGUUUGCUGCGCUCACGCACCACGCGGGAAUCAAAGCGGCGGUUGUGUGCGUUACGCUGCUUGAUAGAUUGAAGGGAGAUCAGGUAUUAGCACCAAAAGAAGUAUUAGAUGAAUGGCAACAACGCCCGACAAAGCUAGUUUGUCGCUACAUUAAGAGGUAUCUGCAGAUGAAGGGUCGGUUGUCUCUGGACGGCCACGGCUCCAUUCCAGUGAAGAGCCCGCGUCGGUUCAAGCUGGUGCAACAGGAGUCAGAAACUUACGACUAAGUCAACUUUACUUGUUAGUGGUCACGCGGAAUAGUGUGUCCUAUUAAUUUUAAUAUUUAACUACUAAUUUAUAAGAAUGCGGCGAAUGAUAUAUUGAACUGUACCUAUGUAUAAGGUAUAGCCAUGAUUGCUUUUUGCUUGCACGUCUUUCAGUUUGAGAUCCAGUAUACUCACUCAGUGAAUCAGGUUUCCUAUGUUUGUCAAAUAUCCAAUUCCAGUUACUAUUAAAUAUGACAUAUUGACUACACUUAGGUAUGCAAUAAAUUACUGCCACGUUUGAAGAAGUUAAUGUUUAAGUGAUGCGAUGUUAAGACAUUUUGAAAUUUAACGUAAACACGUGUUUUGAGACCAAUUGUAGUUAAAUGUUUUAGUGAUAUUUUGUUAGUGUUGCACUCAAAAGCGUUACGGUUGUGUGUAAGUUCUUGACAUAUCUCCAGCUUGUUACUGUUAUUGUUCACGAGAAGAGCGGAAAAAUAUAAAUAGACAGUUCUAUUAUGCGUUUGAUUACGCCAAACAAUUUCCUCACCAGUAUCAAUUAUUCAGUUUCUCUCAUAUCCAUCUAAAUUUUUUCGUCUUCUUAAAAUAUUCUCCGCAAACGAAAUUUUAAUUUUAAUUAAAACGAUUAUUUCGAAAGAAAGAACUAUUUGCAUACCACAAGUAGGCCUAUCAAUUUACAGUGCUAUACACCUUACAACGACGAUGUGGUUAGUUACGAAAUCACAAUCGAAAAUGUCAAAUACUUCAGCUAAUAAAGUUAUUUGUCACAUAUGUAGUGUAAUAUUUUUAAGUUUAUUACACUGACUUAAAAUCUU